UGCGCUGGCGCUCGGGCUGCAGCGCCGCCAUGGGCUCGAGCAGCUCGCACGCGGCGCUCAUUCCCGACGCGGACAGCCUCCGGCGGGAGACGGGCUUCUCGCAGGCCAGUCUGCUCCGCCUCUACCACCGGUUUCGGGCCCUGGACACGAACAAGAAGGGCUACCUGAGCCGCAUGGAUCUGCAGCAGAUUGGGGCGCUGGCCGUGAACCCCCUGGGAGACCGCAUUAUAGACAGCUUCUUCCCUGAUGGGAGUCUGCAAGUGGAUUUCCCAGACUUUGUCAGGGUCCUGGCUCAUUUUCGACCUGCAGACGAUGAGGACGCAGGACUCCGGGACCCCAGGGAACCUGAACCCCUCAACAGCAGAAUGAACAAACUUCGCUUUGCGUUUCAGCUCUACGACCUGGAUCGGGAUGGAAAGAUCUCCAGGCAUGAGAUGCUACAGGUACUCCGGCUGAUGGUCGGGGUGCAGGUGACGGAAGAGCAGUUGGAGAGCAUCGCCGAACGCACGGUGCAGGAGGCCGAUGAAGAUGGCGAUGGGGCUGUGUCCUUCCUGGAGUUUGCCAAGUCCUUAGAGAAGAUAGACAUCGAGCAGAAAAUGAGCAUCCGGAUCCUGAAGUGACCCCGUUUGUGCCUUUGGCUGGCUUACACAGACCGGCCUUGCUUGGGAGUCAUCUUUAGCCCCAUGGAGGCACGGCCCCAGUAAAUUGUAUUCUUACUUCUGUACUGAACUCUAUUUAAGGCCAAGGAGAGAAAGCUGGAAGGAUAUAUACUAAAGUCUAACUCAUUUGAUCUCAGAUCUGUGAAUCAGGCAGAAAUCUUUUGGUUGCAAGUCACUAAAAACCCAAAUCAAAGGGACUUCAGUUAAAAAGGGAUUUUAUGGGCUCGUGUAAUUAAAAAGUCUGGAGGUAUGUUCAGAAGACUGGAAAAGUCUGGAAGCGUCUCAGGCACAGCUAGAUCCGAGGGCUCCAAAGAUGCCAUCAGGGCUCAGUUAUUCUCCGUCUCAGCUUUCCUGAGAGUGAAAUCAACACAAAAGAAAGCUGAGAUUCUCCAACUCUUGGCAUUUUCUGAGUUCAGGGAGUUCAAGGUCCUGUAAAGAUUAUGCAUCUUUGAGACUCUGGAACCGAAUUGUCUGGGGUGGCAUAUUAACCCCAUUGCCACUUUUGGGUUUUGACUGUAGUAUGAUUCUGACAAAUGAGUCUCCUAGUUGAGGGGAGCGGGUGAGGGGUAAUUGAUUCCUUCAGGAAUUUUGGGAUUUUUGUCAGGAUUACCACGCGAAUACUUUCCAACUGAGGGAUGUUUGUUUUGUCUUUGUUCCCAAUUAAAGAUGGGGGUCUGGAUGAAACUCA